GGAGAUGCUCUAAGCUAUAUAGGUGUGUAUGUGUGUGAAGUAGUAUGGGCACCAACAGCUUGUCCUUGUCACUAUUUGUUUGCUCCUAACUAGGGCCCAUUGUUUGGUUCUUCUUCUUCCUCUCAGUGUUUUGUGAGAGAGAUCAACCCAAAGGCCAAAGGCUCUGACCCAGUGUCAAGAUCAGGGAGAGCUGCUCCCUGGUGGCUCUCUCCCAUGUUUGCACACCCCUUUGAUCACUAGACCUUGCCUGGUCAGUGAGAACACCUCCCUGCCCCAAUUGUUUUCUUGCUCCUUGAAGGCAUUCCAUUUGGAAGUGAUAACAUUUCCAGUUUAGGUCUGUGGUGAGGAGCCGAAGCUUCCGAGUUCACAGGCUGCUUGCUUGUUUCCCCCUCUUGUGAGACUUGCUUAGGGCAUCCUUUCAAACCGCUGCAAUUCUUGGAGAUUCCCGAGGCCGCGCGCGAUGGGCAGUACUAGCAAUCCAUCGUUCUCGCCGUUUGGGGCGGAGGCCAUGAACGGCUACUUCAUGGCGAGCACCGGCGCCCAAGGCAUGCCGUUGCCGCCGCCCGAUCAUGGCGGGUACGGCGGUGGCGGCCUCUGCUUCGGCGACGCGGCGGAUAUCGGGGCGCAGUUCUCGGCGAACAACAUGUUGUUCGCCUCCCUCGCCAGCCAGCUCUUCGCGCCCCCACAGCCGCACGGCGGCGGCCAUGGCCAUGUCGGCGCAAGGACGCCGCCGCCGGAGGUGGAGGAGAUGGACGGCGAGUUUGAAGCUUCCGGUGGUGACUACUGCCAUUUGGAUGCUCAGGCCAUGGCUAUCUGCUCGUCAUCGUCAUCCAAGAAGCCGCGCUGCGACGACUGGAGCAGCGCCGAGGGAUCGAGAGCCGUCUCCGUCUACGGACCACCGCCCCAGACCGCUGGCUUCUACUACUACCCGCCUGCAACUCCCAGGGAGCUGUCGCUGAGCCUGCGCUCCGUGUCUUCCUCGGACAGCAUGAGCAUGGCGAGCGGCGGCGACCAGUUCUCGUCGGGCUCCGGCCUGACGCACACUAGAUCGCAUUCGCAGCAAGGGCAAGCAGCGCGGUUCAGGCCGGUGCACUUCGCCGUGGUGGUGGCGCGCUCUCCGUACGCGCCGGUUGCGCAGCAGCUGCUCAACGACGCCGUCGGCCGCCUGCUGCACGGCGUCGCCGCCGCGUCGAGCUGCUCGGCGUCGUCAUCCGUGGUGAGCUCCAACAACAACCACCACGGCGCGCGGUGGGGGCAUGGGGCUCACGGCGUCAGGGGCGAGCUCCUCAGGAUGCUCCAGCUGAUGGACGAGAAGUACAACCAAUGCCUGGACGAGAUCCAGGCCACGACGGCCAAGUUCAACAGCCUGGCGCAGCCAGGCAUCGGCAUCGGCAUCGGCGGCAUCUGCGCGCCGUUCGCGCACCGCGCCGUGUCGGCGACGUACCGCGCCCUGAGGCGGCGGAUCACCGGCGAGAUCAUGGCGGCGGCGGCGGGGGGAAGCAGGCCCAGGAGCCAGCGCGCGGAGUCGUCGGGCAGCUGGGAGUCGGCCUUCAUACAGAAGCACCUGGCGGCGCAGCAGGCGCGCCGGCGCGAGCAGCACUCGUGGCGCCCGCAGCGCGGCCUGCCGGAGAAGUCCGUCGCCGUGCUCAAGUCCUGGCUCUUCGAGAACUUCAUCCGCCCGUACCCGCAGGACAGCGAGAAGGACAUGCUCGCCGAAAGAAGCGGGCUCACCAGGACCCAGGUGGCGAACUGGUUCAUCAACGCUCGAGUUCGGCUGUGGAGGCCGUUGAUCGAGGAGCUGCACGAAGAGCUGAGGAGGAGCUCGGCUGCUGCUCCGGCGAUGCCCAUGGAGCACGCCGUCAGCCAAUACGUCCUGGGUUAGCCGGUUAGGAGGGGAUUCGGCCAUUUGGCUGUGCUGUAAUGCAUCGAUCGCCGCUCUCUGAAAUUUGCGCAUUCAGAAAUCUUGUACCGUUUCGCUCGUGCCAUUAUAAGCCGAUUUAUCACCGAACUGCUUUCAAAAAAUGUCUCUGUUUCUAAGUAAAAAAAAAUUAGCUCGAUCAGGUCCUAGAAAUAUGCACUGGAAGUAGGCAUCAAAGGUGAAAAAUAUAUAUUUGAUCAUUCGAUUGA